CUUUGCUCUGUGCAGGGAGGACUUUCGCACAUGGCAGGUUGCAAUCGGUCGUGCACAGCCAGCCGAUGCAAUACCCAGUACGCAAAAGCCUAAGCGGAACAUUGCAAAAGCCAAAAACCGCCACAGCUUCUGAGGCAUCGUUUCAUAUAUCAUCCCUUCCACACGGUGCCACGAGUUGCCGCCAUUUUCUAUCCCCGACACCGUUGCCACCCUCAGGAAGGAAGGAAAACCAAACGCAACCAUUUUUUCAUUUAUUUAUUAUCAAUAUCUCAAACCGCAAUCAUGAACAACAACCACAUCUCGAAGCUGGUGAACGAAAAAGUGAACACCGAAGACUUAAUAUAUGAAGUAGAGAAACACCCAGAGAUAUGGAACAGCGCUCUGGAGGAAUACGGAAGUAAAGUGAAGCGGAGAAGCGCCUGGCUUGCCAUUGUGGCGAAUUUCUUGCCGGAUUUUCAUGGCAAGACACUUCCCGAGAGAAAAGAAAUUCUAUCCAUUAUUCAGAAGAAAUGGAAGGGUAUCCGCACUUGCUAUUCCAGAGAACUACUGAAGAGGAAGAAGGAGAAUAGUGGUUCGGAGACGAGUGGACGGAAACAGUACGUCUACUUCGAAAGCUUACAUUUCCUGGGCAGUGUACCCAAGCAGACUGCAUGCACUGGGGAUGAGGGACUUCCUGCAGGCACUAGUAUGGAUAGUGAACAUGAGGUGGUGCUAGAUACGAGCCAGGGAUCGCAGAGGGAGGACUGGGAGGUUGGAAGACCUAGAAGUCGAUAUUUGAGGAAGAGAGCUAACUUAGAGGAAGAGGAUGAGCUUGUUCACGUCCUCAAGAAAAUUCUUAAAGACGGUGAAACAUUACCAAGUGAAAAGGAUGAGGAUAGAUUGUUCUUGCUUUCUCUUGUGUCCGAAUUGCACAAGGUCCCUGCGGACAAGAAGCUCAAACUGAAAUACCUUGAGGCUGUUGUAGGAUUUAAUAUAUUUCAUCAGGCUUUUGACAGGAUUCUGUGUGGUUCUUGCUUGAGAGGUAAAGAUUUUUAUCCUGCACCACAAGAGAAUAUUUCUGUCUUAAACACAUCAACAAAUUUAGAGAAAACAGGUCACUUGAGUAAGCCAAGUUGCAGCUUCAACAUGCCAAUUAUUACUCGGCUGCCAGGAUAUAAGACUCUCCUGUUGUAA